AUGAAGUUUUCUUCCAUUGUCCUCGCUGUCUUCGCGCUCGUCUCCACUGGUCUGGCCGAUAAGACCUGCACCCCUAGCUUCGAUUACUGCUCGGAUGUGCUGAUCAAGUCGAAGGGCUUCACGGCGGAUGAUCUGAAGGAUGUUUUGAAGGGCACCGACCUCGAGAAAGAGGAUAUCAAGAACAUUCUCUUCCACUGCAAAAAUCCUGGUAUUGUUGGCCAUCCUAAGCUUUGUAAGAGUGGAUGCAAGGAUUCGUCGCAGGAGGGUAGCCACACGUGUGAUGGGUGA